AUGAAGCUGGACGUCAAGUGUCUGCCCAAUGGUGACUACGCCCCACUGCAAUGUUUUCCUGGCAAUAAGUUCUGCUACUGUGCCUCUCCAUCCGGCGAUCAGGUGACCUCCCCGUCAAGGAACCGAAAGUUCUGCUCUUGUGACUUGAAAAAAUACGAAGUUGAUAAGAAGUUGAACAAAAACGGACGACCCAUUGAUCCACCGAGCGGUACCUGGGUGCCUAAGUGUCAGAGAGAUGGUCUUUACUAUGGAAAGCAAUGCGAGUCCGGAACGAACAUUUGCUGGUGCGUCAACCAAGAUGGUGCUCAGUCUUCGAAGGAAAAGAAGGUCGGCAUCACCUGCUCUUAA